CAUUCUUGCCCGCUUGAUUACAUUACACAGAGACCACAGAAACACACACAGAAGAUGGGAAAGGAAGAUGGUGGAGAAGAAGCACUACUUCCACUGUUUGAGACAAAGGAAGCAAGAUUUAGAGGUGCAUAUAAGGUGUUUGCUUCCACAGUGUUUGUUGGUAUAUGUUUGAUAUGGGUUUACAGAUUGACUCACAUCCCAAGAGCUGGAGUGCAAGGGAGGUGGGCUUGGAUCGGUAUGUUCAUGGCUGAGCUAUGGUUCGGUUUGUACUGGAUACUCACUCAGUCUUGUCGUUUUAAGGUUGUUUACAAUUACCCUUUUAAGGAAAGACUCUCAUACAGAUACAAAGACAAGUUACCAAGUAUUGACAUUUUCGUGUGCACGGCAGACUCCAAGAAGGAGCCACCAACAAUGGUGAUCAACACAAUCUUAUCAGUCAUGUCCUACAAUUAUCCACUUGAAAAUUUGAGUAUUUAUCUUUCAGAUGAUGGUGGGUCGGAGUUGACAUUUUAUGCUCUCCUAGAGGCCUCUAGUUUUUCUAAGCAUUGGAUACCCUUUUGCAAAAAAUUCAAUAUCCAACCAAGGUCCCCGAGUGCCUACUUUGCUCAACAAAUUGACAUUCAAGACAUUACAUAUGCCCAAGAAUUGUUGGCUAUCAAGAAACUAUACAAAGAAAUGGAAAAUCGGAUUAACUCAACUGUUGAAAUGGGAGAGAUUACAAAAGAAAUAAGGGAUCAACACAAAGGAUUUUCAGAAUGGAACUCCAAAGUAGCAAAGCAAGAUCACCAAUCAAUUGUGGAGAUUAUGAUUGAUGGAAGGGACAAAAACAUAGUUGAUAUAUAUGGAGGGCGAUUGCCAACGCUAGUGUACAUGGCACGAGAAAAACGACCCCAAUGGCCUCACAAUUUCAAAGCUGGAGCUAUGAAUGCACUGAUAAGAGUGUCAUCAGAGAUAAGCAAUGCCCCUUUCAUCCUCAACUUGGAUUGCGACAUGUAUGCAAAUGAUGCAAAUACAAUACAAGAAGCACUAUGUUUUUUCUUGGAUGAAAAGAGAGGCCAUGAGAUCUCCUUCCUGCAAUUUCCACAAAAUUAUGACAAUAUCACCAAAAAUGAUUUAUACGCAUGUACUCUUUCAGUAAUUAAUAAUGUUGAGCUUGCUGGAAUAGAUGGAUAUGGUGCAGUUCCGUAUUGUGGUACUGCAUGUUUCCAUAGAAGAGAAAGUCUUUGUGGAAAGGUGUAUUCCAAGGAUUAUAGAAAAGAAUGGAACAUAGAAGACAAAAAUGAUACAAAUAAAACUGUUAAUGAAUUAGAAGCAGCAUCAAAAAUACUUGCUAGUUAUAGCUUUGAGAAGGAGACUCAGUGGGGGGGAAAGAUGGGGCUAAUCUAUGGGUGCUCAUCUGAAGACGUUAUAACUGGCUUGGCUAUCCAAUGUAGGGGCUGGAAAUCACAUUAUUAUAACCCUAAUAGAAAGGCCUUCUUAGGUGUUGCUCCAAUUACCUUAAAUGAUGUUCUUAUUCAACAAAAGAGGUGGUCUGAAGGCCUGUUUCAAAUAUUUCUCUCCAAGUAUUGCCCUUUCAUAUAUGGUCAUGGCAAGAUAAAAUUGGGUGCCCAAAUGGGAUAUUGUAUUUAUCUUUUAUGGGCUACAAUUUCCCUCCCAACACUCUAUUAUGUGAUUGUUCCUCCCCUCUGCUUGCUCCAUGGCAUUUCCAUAUUCCCUCAGGUUAAAAGCCUAUGGUUCGUACCCUUCGCAUAUGUGAUUGUAGCCAAAAAUGCUUGUAGCAUAGCUGAGGCUCUAAGCUGUGGGGAUACACUUAAAGCUUGGUGGAAUUGGCAACGAAUGUGGCUGAUCCGAAGGACUACUGCACACUUUUUCGCAUUCAUUAACACCAUUGUUAGGCAGUUAGGCCUCUCUAAAACAACAUUUGUGGUCACAGAAAAGGUGGUCACAGAGGAUGUGUUAAAGAGGUAUGAGCAAGAAAUCAUAGAGUUUGGAAGCUCCACUAUCACGUUUACUAUUAUAGCAACAUUGGCAAUGCUAAACUUCUUCAAUUUAAUUGGGGGAAUCAAAAAGAUUGUUUUGGAUUUGGGGUUCAAGGUAUUGGACCAGUUGAUCCUUCAACUUAGUCUUAACUUGCUACUUGUCAUGCUCAACGUACCAGUCUACCAAGCACUCUUCAUCCGCAAUGAUAAUGGUCGUAUACCCUCUUCGAUUAUGUUCAAGUCUAUUGUUUUAGCUUCAUUGGCUUGUUUGAUGCCUAUAAUUUGACACAUUUUUAUUGUAAUGUAUAUCAAAUCUUACUAGCCAUGUGGUAUGUAGCUCUUCCUUUAAAUAAGGCCUUGAAUUGAAAUUCUACUGGUGAAGGUUAGGGGGUGAUGGUCUUUUCCAUUGUUAAGAAAAUUAAAAAGAAUUCUUUUUUCUUUUCUUUAUAUAUGGGAGACUUCAUCCCAAAUUUUUUUCCAACCCAAGUUCAUAUGGAAUAUGAAGUGCUAUGAUCAUAUGAUGUAUCUA